CCUGCCUCCAGACACCGUGCACAUACACACACUCACACGCUCCCACAUUUUCGCUUGAUUGGAGCUGUUAAUUGGCUAUUUAUGGAUAAAAUGCUUUGUGUUAGAAUGUUGUGGAGGGGAGGAGUGGAAUAUUGUCAAGUGUGGAAGUGAAACGAAGUGAUGGGACCAUUCAAGCUCAGAUGUUUUUUACCGAGGAGUAAUGAGGACUCUGCAUCGCGUAUCCUAAGAUGGCGAGACCGGUCGGCCCCGGACUAGCCAGGAUAAUGGCGCUCUGGUGAAACAGGCGGUGCGGCAAGAUGCGAAUAUUGUGGGGCUGGUGCCUAGCAGCCCUGUUGUGGGCUGUGGCGGGGAACGUAGGCCCAGAGUACCACACCCCUGAUGACUGCCAGGUCACCUCGCUGGCGGGCACCGACCUCGUCGCCCUCCUCUGUCGACUACGGACCAUCAACAGCGAACUGGAUGCCACUAAUUUCAGCGUGAUCCCCACCCGGAACACAGUCAAGCUCAGGAUUGAGUGCAGUGACGUGCUCUUCUUUCAAAGUGCACUUCAAAAUAAAAGUUUUGUGAGGCUGAGAGAGCUGCAGGAGCUCGAUAUUGAGUACUGCAAGAUCGGGGAGGUACCGCGGGAAGCAUUUCUUGGCCUGACAAACCUACGGAACCUGACGCUGCGGACCUACAACACCGAUUGGUCUGCCAUGACCCUCAAGAUCGCUAACGACGCCUUCAGAGAGCAGAGGAACCUGCAAAGGCUCGACCUGGGUGACAACAAUAUCUGGACGCUUCCCCCAGCCCUACUCUGCCACCUGGAAAAUCUCAGGCUCCUCAAUUUGUCCAGAAAUAAACUCCAGGAUGUGACAGUUCUGAGUUUUAGUCAGGUAGAACAUAUAUGUGCCCCGGGAUUGCGUUCUCUCGAUGUGUCAUUCAACCACUUAGUAAGUGUUCCGGCAUUUGCAUUUGCAGCGCUAAAAAAUUUGCAAAUGCUUAACAUGAGUCUAAAUGGCAUUAGUAAACUUGAGGACAAGGCUCUUUUUGGCAUGUACUCGUUAGAAGUGUUGGAUCUGUCAGGGAAUUUGUUGACUGCGUUACCGCCUGAACUAUUCCAAGAAAAUAAACGACUUACAAAGUUGUACAUCAGGAACAACUCUGUGAGCGUGUUGGCUCCUGGGCUGUUCACCGGGCUGAGCCUCCUGCUGGAGCUGGAGCUCACUGACAACCAGCUCACCAACACCUGGGUCAACUCGGAAACCUUCACCGACCUCCUAAGGCUCGCAAGUCUUGAUCUGUCCAACAACAAAAUCACCAGACUCGACGCGGCCACUUUCCGUGAUUUAACCAACCUUCAAGUGCUAAAGUUGCAGCAGAAUAUGAUUGAAACAAUUUCUGAUAAUACGUUCAGUGGGUUGUUUAGAUUACAUACGUUAGUGCUGUCGGAUAACAGAGUCAAAGUGAUUAGUGAUAAAACUCUCGCGGGUCUAAUCGGCCUGCAAGUGCUAAAGUUAGAUAACAACGAAGUGUUUAGCGUGGAUAGCCACGCCUUGACUAACUCGACGGAGCUUCAGGAGCUGCAGCUAAGUCACAACUACUUGCAAGACGUGCCCAAGCUGGUGCAGAGCCUGGCAUCGCUCAGAACCCUGGACCUGAGUGGCAACCAUGUAAGUGUUAUCACCAACAGUUCCUUUACCGACCUCCAGCACCUCAGUGCCUUAAAACUUGCCGCUAACGUGGUAGAAAAUAUUACUAAAAGUGUUUUCAAGAAUCUUCCAGCUCUUCAAGUGCUAGAUCUAGGAAGUAACAAAAUUCACACGAUAGAGAAUGGUGCUUUUGACAAUAACAAACAUCUCGAGGCCAUUAGAUUAGACAAUAAUGUGUUAACAAACGUUCAUGGCCUGUUCUCUGAUUUACCAAACCUUCAGUGGCUCAAUUUGUCUAAAAAUCAUCUGGAAAUGUUUGAUUAUGCCUUCAUUCCCAGAGGACUGAAAUAUCUAGACCUUCGUUCAAAUUUUAUAAAUGAACUUGGAAAUUAUUUUGAAAUUGAGAGUCAGUUAAAUUUGAAGAUAAUUGAUGCCAGUUUUAACAAGCUGUCAGACAUUAGUGCCAGUUCUGUGCCAGACAGUGUUGAAAUUCUCUUCCUAAAUAACAAUCUUAUAUCGAGGGUACAGCCUUAUGCGUUCUUUAAAAAGAAAAAUCUUACACGAGUGGACCUCUUUGCUAACAAGAUCAAGAACAUUGAUCAGAACGCCCUCAGGCUCUCUCUGAUGGACCCCUCCCGUGACCUGCCCGAGUUUUACUUGGGAGGGAACCCAUUCGAGUGUGACUGCACGAUGGAGUGGUUACAAACUAUCAACAGCCUGGAGGAGACUCGACAGCACCCGACGGUGAUCGACCUCGACACCAUUAACUGUAGGUUAAUGAAUAAUAAAGCCGUCAUCCCCCUGCUGGAGGCGCAGAAGUUGCAAUUCCUCUGUGAGUACGAGUCGCAUUGCUUCGCCCUCUGCCAUUGCUGUGAUUUUGACGCCUGUGACUGUGAGAUGACGUGCCCGACCAACUGCACGUGUUUUCACGACGAGUCGUGGGCGGCCAACAUCGUUGACUGCUCCCAGGCUGGCUACGAUUCUGUGCCGGACAGAAUACCGAUGGAUUCAUCUGAAGUGUACUUAGAUGGCAACAAUAUGGACUCUCUCUCCAGCCACACCUUCAUAGGGAGGAAAAAUCUCAAAGUUCUCUAUCUAAACGAUAGUAAAGUCGAGGUAAUUCAUAACAGAACGUUCAAUGGUCUUAAACUACUGGAAAAUCUCUACCUGCAAAAUAAUUAUAUCAAGGAACUCAAAGGUUACGAGUUUGAGCACCUUACCCUUUUACGUGAAUUGUAUUUACAUAGUAACGAGUUGCUUUACAUACAAAACACAACAUUCUUAACCCUGGUUUCGCUUAGGGUCCUGAGGUUAGAUGAUAACCGUCUCAAAAUAUUUCCAGUGAAUCUCUUCGAAAGGACUCAUAACCUUCGCUCCCUGCACCUGAGCGAGAAUCCUUGGAGCUGCGACUGUGACAACCUGGACGACAUCCAGACUUGGAUGCACGCCGCCGGCGGAAUGCUCAAGGACGCAGACAAGAUUAUCUGCUCCCUCAACAGGUCAGUCGAGGUCAAGGCGCAAAUCUCUACUUUUAACUUGUCUGCCUGUAACAAUGAGACGGAGACGACGACGAUAAAACACGAGGCUUACCUGGAUUAUGUCUUCCUUCCCACCAUCACCCUGGGGGCCUUCGCUGUUCUCCUCACCAUCACGCUCGUUAUCUUCUGCAACAGGAACCGCAUGCGAGUGUGGGUGUACGCUAAAUACGGCGUCAGACUCUUCUACAGGAGCGAGUAUGAAGGGGAUACUGAUAAAGCCUUUGACGCUUUUGUUAGUUACAGUUCCAAAGACGAGGUUUUCGUGACUCAAAUCCUGGCCCCGGAGCUGGAGCGCGGUAGCCCCGCCUAUAAGUUGUGUCUCCACUACAGAGACUUCCCUGUCGGCGCCUAUAUCACCGACACCAUUCUCAGUGCCGUAGACACAAGUAAGCGCACAAUAUUAAUAUUAUCAGAAAAUUUUAUCAAAUCCGAGUGGUGUCGUUUUGAGUUCCGUUCCGCCCACCACGAGGUGCUGAAGGACCGGCGGCGGCGACUUAUCGUCAUACUACUCGGAGACGUUCCCCAGAGGGAUCUCGACCCCGACAUCCGUCUCUAUCUUAAAACAAAUACCUAUCUUAAAUGGGGCGACACUCACUUUUGGGAAAAAUUAAAAUUUGCGAUGCCUGACGCCCAGCCACCGACGAGGAACCACCAGUUGCACACCCUGGCCUCCCAGCAGCAGCCGGGGCCCAGACCCGUCCCUCUCCACAUGUAGCUGACACAUAAGUUCCUCGCCAGCACCACUGUCACCUCCAGCCGUGAGCCUGCGCACCUUAUAUCAUUCUCCUCUCGCACCUGAGACAGGCUCGACGCCCUGAUAAGACUGCGUUGGUACCAGUACCGCACAACACUGGGUGAAGAGUUUUAUCUUUUACGUCGGAAUCUAGGAUCUCUAAGUGUUGGAAUUCAUGCUAUGGGCAGAAUAGCACCCACAUCACCACGAUGCAGCCGUCGGAGAGGGCGUCCCUGGGUGGGAGGGAAGCAGCUGCAGCGAAGACUCGCUGCUGGGGUAUCCUCUGACCCCGGACUCUGCCUAGGAGCCCCAGCCGUCUGGACAACACGGAUAAGAUCUGUCCCCAGGAUCACGUCGAGACACACCGCCUCUUGUCCACAGAGUGUGAGGGGGGGGAGGGAGGCUGGCCACCUCCUGCCCACCGGAGAGGCUAAGUAUCUCCUAACCAGUCAAGGGCAGGAAGCUGACCACCUGACCACCCAGCCCAGUAUAAUUCUGAUCAAUGCUCCUCAGCUCAAUGCUGGGCUUACCUCACGCUGGCUGACGACCUGAUUAACCCACUGUGGAUGGCUGACCAUCUUCUGAUUAGCACACUCUGAAGAGCUGGCCAUUUCCUGAUCGAUCCACCAUGGAGGGCUGAUUAUUUGAUACGCCCACUGUGGAAUGCUGACCAUCUCCUGAUUGGCUCGUUCUGGAUUGCUCACCAUCUCCUGAGUAGCCCACUGUGGAGGGCUAACCAUCUUCAGAUCGGCCUCUUUCGAAGGGCUGACCAUCUACUGAUUAGUUCCUUGUUGAGGGCUGGCCAUCUCCUGAUUAGCCCCUUUAUGGAGGGCUGACCAUCUCAUGAUUGGCCCCCUUGUUAAGGGCUAACCAUAUCCCGAUUGGCACUUGUGGAAGGCUGACCAACUCCUCGUGCAGGGCUGAUUGGCCCCUUGUGGACGGCUAACCAUCUGAUUGGCCCCUUGUGGACGACUAACAAUCUGAUUGGCCCCUUGUGGACGGCUACCCAUCUGAUUGGCCCCUUGUGGACGGCUAACCAUCUGAUUGGCCCCUUGUGGACGGCUACCCAUCUGAUUGGUCCCUUGUGGACGGCUAACCAUCUGAUUGGCCCCUUGUGGACGGCUACCCAUCUGAUUGGCCCCUUGUGGACGGCUAACCAUCUGAUUGGCCCCUUGUGGACGGUUGACCAUCUGAUUGGCCCCUUGUGGACGGCUACCCAUCUGAUUGGCCCCUUGUGGACGGCUACCAUCUGAUCUGAUUGGCCCCUUGUGGACGGCUAACCAUCUGAUUGGCCCCUUGUGGACGACUAACCAUCUGAUUGGC